GUAAAAGUUUGCAAAAUACUUGAAGAAUUUGUGAGGGAGUAUUAAAGAUCCGUGCGCGAAAUUGGAUUAAGACGAAUGCAAACAUGACUAGAAAAGUGCCAGCAUUAGAGCUAGCAGGAGCAAUACUAGGCAUAGUUACCAUUGGCGUAUGCUUCUUCAUUGUCGUGGUGAUAUGCCUCAAAUACCCCAUGAUACGAUCCAGAACCUUCUGGGACAGGGGCUUGAAGCGACUCAUACGGAGACUCUACUCUGGCAUGAGAAAGAGCGAAAAGGCAGAAGACAAAAAAAGUUUGGUGAUGGGACCGAUGCAGAAUAAGAAACAAGAACAGGCAAAAUUCGUUGUGCCUCAGAUUUUUGUUGACUAUGGAAGCAGACGACAGUCAUAUGCGUCAGACUAUUUAAGACGAUGCAGUGCUGAAAGUUUAAGUAGUCGGAGAACCUCUAUUGCAUCAAAUGAGACAGAUCGAAGAGGGUCGGGCAGCAGCCUCAGUAGCAGACGAACUUCGCUCGCGUCCAAUGAUCGGAGGGGAUCGGGAAGCAGUUUGUGUAGUCGGAGAACCUCGUUACUUUCCGAUUGUACUUCUCGUCGUAGUAGCGGAAGUAGCCGAAGUAGUCGUAAAGGCUCGAAUGCAAGUUCGGGAAGGUAUGAUGAUACGGACGAACUUUUAGCAGAUCUAUCCGACUCGGAAACUUGUGAGAUUGAAGAGAUGUACACGCUGGAGGAGGAGCUACCGGAGAACAGGCGCUCCAGUCUCGAGGAGCACAAUUCCAAAGAGCCGGAGAGGGCGCGGAGAAAACCACGCCCAUAUCGCCGAAGCCACUCCCUCGCCGAGAUUCGAAGACCCAGUGCAAUAUUCAUACCCGAGGCUCGAAGUCGACCGGACGGUAGACGCGUCACGCUCUCCUCUCUGGUCGUCAGCUCGCUGAAUGCCCUGGACCACACCCCGAAUCCCGUGGCUCCACCUUAUCAAAGGAAGAAGCCUAAACUGAAUCGCCCCCCAGGUAUAGGUCUCCCAGACACGCCGGUGAUGAUGGGCGAUUUAAACCUCGAGGAGAUGAUGGUCCCGCAAUACACUGCCCCACUCCAACCAACGGGCAAACUUAAAGUCCAGCUGCAGUUUACUGAUAAUGCGUUAAAUGUCAUCAUUAUUGAGGCAGGUGAUCUCAGAAUUGCCGGUUUGCCUAGCAACACAGAAGUAAAUCCUUAUGUAAAAGCGUUCCUCGUCCCUGGAAGAACGUUUAAAUACCGAACAAAAACGAUAAACAAGUCACGCACUCCUGUUUUCCUGGAGAAAUUCUCAAUAACAGAGAUAACCAAAGCCGACUUAAUCGAAGGGUCUGCUAUUGAAUUCCAGGUGUAUUCGUCCCAUCACAUUACUCGAAGGCAUCUGGUCGGUAUGGCGUCCGUACAGCUGAAAGAUGUGGAGAAGUUUGACAAUGGUCUCAUAGAACUAAUCAUUAUGCCUCACAGUGUGUAUAGGCUUCAUCAGGGUGAUAUCCAUAUAUCUGGUUGUUAUCAGCCAGUAGCCGGGAAAAUGGUUUUCAACGUGAUAGAGGCGAGGACUCUUCCACGUGUCUCCUUGUUAGGUGCUGUCAAUCCGUAUGUCAAGGUGGAGAUGUAUAUAAACGGGAUCCGAGAAGCCAAACAUAAAACAAAGGUUCGACAAAACACACAGGAUCCGGUCUGGAACCAAGCCUGUGUGUUCGAUAUAAACAGAGAGAAUCCGAAACUGCUUGGUCACGUGUUUGUUUUCCAUAUAAUACACAAGGACAUGAUGAUGGGAGUUCAAAAGAUUGGCCAGGUUGAACUGGGCUGGUAUAGCCAUGGUGAGCAGCUUGACCACUGGUAUGAUAUCAUGGAGCACCCACACAGACCAACUGACUACUGGCAUCCGAUCAUCAAAACCAGCAAGAUUACUUCCUGACCGUCACGUCAAUCAUCCGUACAAUACACGCCCACUGGACAAUGUCUGCCAAUCGUAUCUCAUAGCGAACUUCGGUUUGAACAUCCUGUCGCUUGUACAGUUUUAAUAACUGAUAUGCAGUUUUAAUGUUUAUUAAGAAUAAGAAACAAU